AUGGACGACCGAUUCGAGGCAGAGUCGCUACUGGUCGAGGUGGCCGCCUCGCACAACCUCAGCGUCGGCCCUGACGAGAUUCGUGCUGCCCUCUACGAUGACCCCCACGGCGCCGAUCUGGCUCGCUGGGCCGCGUCCAACCUCACCUCCGAUAACCUGCUUACGGUCGACGAGCUGUCACUCUACGAUGCGCUCGAUAAGAGCGGUCAGGUGGACCGCCUCGCCGAGCUGUAUGACCUGUCUGAGAUGCGCCCCUUGCGCCAAGACGACGUCAGAGCCGCUAUUGAUGACCUCAGGCUCUCAACCGAGUCCAUUAACAAGCAAGCUGAAACCUUGCGUCACCAGCGGGACGCCUGGCAGCGUCUGGUAGCGAAUCGUGCUGACGCCGUGGCCAAGCGGCGCGAGCUCGAGACGUCCCGGCAGCGCAAGUCUGACUCUGAGCGCGUACGAAUUUCUUCAGAGAUUACUGAGAUUGCACAUGGCCUCGAGUUUCGCAUCGCCGAGCUCAAGCACGACAGCGAUCCAAACGUGACCUCGUUGCACCAGGCCCUCGACGUGGUUCUCAAGUCAGAUGAUGCCCUGUUGACGAGCCUCCAGAAGCUGGGCUGGGAGUUGAGCGAGCCAGACCCGGAGGAAGCCAAAUCCACAGACAAGUUGCGAGAGACAUGUUUACGGUUGAUCAAAAUCACAGUCGAGACAAUCAGGACACGUCUCGACACAACGUACUUGACUGCCCUCGCGACAGCGCAGCAAUCACGAGACACCAGCGCCAACCCCGACGAGGUCGAGGCACUGCAGGUAGAACUCGAAUCUCUCUACUCGGAGAUCCUGCCUGUUGCGCAAAUGUCUGUUGAGCAGCAGCAUCUAGAGCCCGCACUCCGCUCCAUCGCCUCCCGCAGCGGCCAGAGCCUGCGGAAAACAGCCUCCUCCCUCACAUACAUGAACCAAUGCUUCGACUAUCUUCUCAGUCGCAUCAAUGCGCUUCAUACGCAUACAGAACUAUAUAAUGCUCACCACGCCGCUGUCAACCGCGUCGUUGCUACCGCCAAAGACGAAAUGGCGGCCGAGGUUCCUGCCCCGGACCCUCAGCCAACAAACUCCAUCGAAGCACCCUCCCCGAUCAAGCCACCCACAAGAACCAAGCGCCAUUCGCGUGACAUGACGCAUCGUCGCCGCUCCUCUGGCACCCCUCACCUCACCGCCCUCGACAGCCUCAUGCAGUCUCUUGCCUUGCCCAUGGACGCCUAUGGCGACACCAGCGGCGCCACAUCACAAAUUACCGCCCUCUCGCGCCUCGUUCGCGAGCGUCGCAGUAAAAGCAGCGUCGCGGCGCGCAGCGCACAAGACGAGUUUGAAGCUGCGACGGCGGAACGCCUUGACGACGCCCAGCGCGCCGUUCAGCUCCAUUGGGACAGCGUCCUCGCCGAUACGGCGUUUGGCACGGUGGCGCUGGCGGAUCCGGGCAUCGAGCAGUCGAUAGACGUGCUGGCGCAAGAAGUGGCCAAGGCAAAGGACAAGCUGGGCUGGUUUGAGAGUCAAAAGAUGGGAUGGGGCAGCUUGAAGCGGGAUGAGUUUAUCGAGCGAUGGGCGCGGUGA